UCUUCGCUUAUUCACACAACUGAACUGAACAAAGAAGAGAAAAAAUGGCGAGUGCAACGCUUUUUGCUCUCUUCCUUCUUUCAGUCCUAACCUUCUACUCUCCUUCAACCACUGCUCAACCUGUCACGGACGGAUAUGGUGUCAUCGUUCCAAAUGGUGCCAGAUUCCACAUAUUGCCGCCAACUACAAUAGCCGGUGGAAUUCGACGAGUGAAAACGAAUAACGAAACUGUAGCUCUCUCUGUUGUGCGAUCUCCUAUCGAGACCGAUAAAGGAGAACCAAUAACCAUUACUUCCCCAUACGGGACCGAGUAUCUCUCUGAAGGUCCAGUGACCAUUAGCUUCGAAUAUUCUCCUUACCUCGGUGUAGCCUCUCUUGAGUGGACCGCUGUUGAGGGUCAGCGUCUAGGAACCGUCGUUAAAGUUCGUGGCUACCCAAAUACACUCCGUGGUGGCUACUCUAUUAAAAGUGCUGGAAAGAACAGGUACAAGCUUUUGUUCUGCAGAGGCGUCCUCUGCGGUAACGUUGUCAUUAUUAAUGAUUAUGAAGGGCACUGGCUUUUGGCUGUCACUCAGAACGAAGCAUACGCGUUUGUUCUUGAGCAAAUUCGAUCAACAUCUUCUGAUUCCGAAUGAAGCACUACGCAUGAAAAAUCGCGCACUUUAUCCUUGUCAUGCUUUGGAUGUAAUAAACUAAUGCAAGGCUAAAUAAAAUAACCACUAUUUGGUUUUCUAACGUUCA